AUGUCUCCACUUAUAAGAAGCAUUGUUGAUAUCACUGAAGUUUUCAAUCAAUAUGCAUCACAAAGUUGUGAUGGAGCAUCACUUAGCAAGAAAGACCUGAAAAACCUCCUUGAGAGAGAACUUGGAGAUGUCCUUCAGAGUCCACAUGACCCUGAGACUGUAGACCUGACCCUAGAACUUCUGGAUCGCGACUGCAACGGGCGUGUUGAUUUCAACGAAUUCCUCCUGUUCCUUUUCAAGAUUGCUCAAGCUUGCUAUUAUGCUCUCGAUCAGGCCGCAGAGCUAGGCGAGAAGAGAGCCUUGCCCAGUGAAAAGAGGAAUCUGUCACAAGAUCGCAGGAAAGAAGACCAAAGGAGAUUCGAGCCCCGGGGCAGACAACUGGACGAAGAACCUGGGAGCCGAAGCUGGCAGAAGAGACGUGAGCAGGAGCGCGCAGAGGAGCAGCGGCUGGAGCAGCGCCACAGGCAGCACCGCGAAGAGCAGAGACUGCAAAGGCGAGAACUGCAAGAACUGGAGGAACGCCUUGCAGAGAAAGAGCCGCUUAGCUGGAGUAAGGGUCGUGACGCGGAGGAGUUUUCUGAGGUAGAGGAACAGCAAAGUCAAGAGAGACAGGAACUCAAGGGCAAGGGUCAAACAGAAGAGAGAAGGCUGCAGAAGCGCAGGCAAGAAGAGCUACGCGAACCCCUGCUAAGGCGCGAUCUGGAGUUGAGGCGCGAACAAGAGCUAAGGCGCGAGCAGGAGUUGAGGCAGGAACUGAGGCGCGAGCAAGAACUAAGGCGCGAGCAGGAGCUGAGGCAGGAGCUGAGGCGCGAGCAGGAGCUGAAUCGAAGGCAGGAGCUGAGGCGCGAACAAGAGCUAAGGCGCGAGCAGGAGCUGAGGCAGGAACUGAGGCGCGAGCAGGAGCUGAGGCAGGAACUGAGGCGCGAGCAGGAGCUAAGGCGCGAGCAGGAGUUGAGGCAGGAACUGAGGCGCGAGCAAGAGCUAAGGCGCGAGCAGGAGUUGAGGCAGGAACUGAGGCGCGAGCAGGAACUGAGGCGCGAGCAAGAGCUGAGGCAGGAGCUGGCUGAGGAGGAGGAGCAGACGCGGAUCCGGGAACCCGACCAGAGCAUUACCCAGAGGUGGCAGUGGCAGCUCGAAGACGAGGCAGAAGCCCGUCAGAACAAGGUCUACUCUAGGCCUAGCAGGCAGGAGCAGAGGCUUCGCCAGGAGCUGGAGGAGCGUCAGCUCCAGCGCCGCGACCUCCAACAGCAGCGUCCCGCUGAGGAGGCGCGCCAGCGCAACCAGUGGGAGAGGUCACAGCGGGCGGAGGAGCGCCUGGAGCAGGAGCAGCGGUUCCGCGACAGGGAGGAGCAACGCUUCCGGGAGGAGAAGCUGCAACGAGCAGAGCUCCAGGACAGCCUCCUAGAGGAAGAACAGAGGCGGCUCCAGGAGGAACGCCGAGAGGCAAGCCAGAGGCGCCGCACACUGUACGCCAAACCCAGCCAGAGGCAGCGUAGGGAGGAGGAGCUACGCGAGGAACGGCUGUUGCAAGAAGAGCAGCGCCUGCAGCGGGAGAGGAAAUCCCACAGGGAGGAGGAUCUGCAGCAGGAGGAAGAGCGGCUGCAGCAAGACGAAGAGCAACUGCAGCGAGAAAGGAGGCGCCUGCAGCGGGAGAGGCAGUAUCAGGAGGAGGACCUGCAACAGGAGGAAGAGCGGCUGCAGCAGGAGGAAGAGCGGCUGCAGAGAGAAAGAAGGCGCCUGCAGCAGGAGAGGCAGUAUCAGGAGGAGGACCUGCAGCGGCUGCGGGAUGAAGAUCAGCGCAGGGAUCUGAAAUGGCAGUGGCAACCAAGGAAAGAAAGUGAAGUUCGUAGUAACAGGCUCUUCACCAAACGCAGAGGGGAUGAGGAAACGAUCCAGCAGCUGGAAGAUUCUCGGGAGCGAGUGAGACGUCAGGAUCGGCGGCCUCUGCAAGCUGAAGAGGAAGAGAAGAAAGAGCUGGAGCAGGAGAGGAGGCGUCGACAGCAGCGCGACCGUCAGAUCCUAGAGGAAGAGCAGUUUCAGCGAGAGCACCAACGGGAAGCCAGAAGACAAGAUGAGACGUUCCAGGAGGAAGAACAGCUCCAGGGAGAAUCGAGAAGACGGCAACAGGAGAGAGAGGGCAAGUUCCUUGAGGAGGAAAGGCAGCUGCGGACAGAACGGGAAGAGCAGAGGCGGCGUCAAGAACAAGAGAGAGAAUUCCAAGAGGAGGAGGAGCGCCUCCAAGAACUUGAGAAAGAACUUCGGCAGGAAUGCGACAGAAAAUCCCGUGAAGAACAAGAGCUCCGCCAGCAGCGUGAGGAAGAGCAGCUGAGGCGUCAGGAGCGGGACCAGAGAUUCCGUCGGGAACAAGAACGCCGCCUGGAGCGAGAAGAAGAGCAGCUGCGGGACAGACCAUCCCGCCGGGAGCAAGAGCGCCGCCUGGAGCGUGAGGAAGAGCAGCUGCGGGACAGACCAUCCCGCCGGGANCAAGAACGCCGCCUGGAGCGUGAGGAAGAGCAGCUGCGGGACAGACCAUNCCGCCGGGAGCAAGAACGCCGCCUGGAGCGUGAGGAAGAGCAGCUGCGGGACAGACCAUCUCGCCGGGAGCAAGAACGCCGCCUGGAGCGUGAGGAAGAGCAGCUGCGGGACAGACCAUCCCGCCGGGAGCAAGAGCUCAGACGGGACAGAAAAUUCCGUGAGGAAGAAGAGCGCCGCGAGGAACUGGAGGAAGAGCAGCGUGGGCAAGAGCGAGACCCUUUGAGGGUGGAGGAGCAGCUUCGCGGACAGCGAGAGGAAGAGCAGCGCCGCCGUCAGGAAUGUGACAGAAAAUUACACCGGGAACAAGAGGUCCGCCAGGAACUGGAGGAAGAGCGGCUGCGGGACAGUAAGAUCCGCCGGGAGCAAGAGCUCCGCCGGGACCAAGAGCUCCGCCGGGAGCGCGAGGAAGAGCGGCUGCGGGACAGUAAGAUCCGCCGGGAGCAAGAGCUCCGCCGGGACCAAGAACUCCGCCAGGGACUGGAGGAAGAGCAGCUGAGGCGCCAGGAACGUGACAGAAAAUUCCGUGAGGAACAAGAGCUCCGCCAAGAACUGGAGGAAGAGCGGCUGCGGGACAGAAAGAUCCGCCGGGAGCAAGAGCUCCGCCGGGAGCGCGAAGAAGAGCGGCUGAGGGACAGAAAGAUCCUCCGGGACCAAGAACUCCGCCAGGGACUGGAGGAAGAGCAGCUGAGGCGCCAGGAACGUGACAGAAAAUUCCGUGAGGAACAAGAGCUCGGCCAAGAACGUGACAGAAAAUUCCGUGAGGAACAAGAGCUCGGCCAAGAACUGGAGGAAGAGCGGCUGCGGGACAGAAAGAUCCGCCGGGAGCAAGAGCUCCGCCGGGAACGCGAGCAAGAGCAGCGGCGCCGCCUGGAGCGUGAGGAAGAGCAGCAGCGUCUCCAGGAGCGUGAGGAAGAGCAGCGGCGCCGCCAGGAGCGCGAGCAAGAGCAGCAGCGGUGCCUGGAGCGUGAGGAGGAACAAUUUCGCUUUGAGGAGCAGCAGCGCCGCCGUCAGGAACGCGAGCAACAGUUGAGACAGGAGCGCGACAGAAGAGUCCUUGAGGAAGAAGAGCUUCGUCAGGAAAGGGAGGAGCUGCUGCACCGCCAGGUGGGUGGCAGGAAAUUCCGGGAAGAGGAGCGACUCCGCCUGGAAAGAGAGGAACAGCAGCGUCGUCUCCAGGAGCGAGACAACAGAAGAUUCCGCGAGGAAGUAGAGCUCAGGCAAGAAAGGGAAGGGCAGCAGCUUCGCCAAGAGCGUGACAGAAAAUUCCGUGAGGUAGAAGAGCUUCGCCUGGAAGAAGAACAGCGCCGCCGCCAGGAGCGUGACAGGAAAUUCCGGGAAGAGAAACACCUACGCGAGGAACAGCAGUUGCGCAGGGAGAAGCGAGAUGGUCAAUACCUGGCUGAGGAGCAGUUUGCCAGGGAUACGAUUCGUCGCCAGGAACAAGAACUACGUCAAGAUGAGGAACAAAGACGACGCCAAGAGCGGGAGAGAAAAUUCCAAGAAGAGCAGAUCCGUCGUAGGCAAGAGGAGCAGAGGCGCCGCCAAAUCCUGGAGCCUGGUACGCGCCAGUUUGCCAAUGUCCCAGUGCGUUCCAGCCCUCUCUAUGAGUACAUCCAGGAGCAGAGGUCUCAAUACCGCCCUUAAAAGAUGCUGCAAACAUCCUGGCACCAGCCAAAGCUUAAAGCAAAAGAAAAUGAGAAACACUAGGGUAUCCAGCGAUAACUCACGUGUUUCUGGUUGUGGGAAAACUCUCUGAUCUUAGAAUGUGUCUUUUCUUACAGAAUCUUAAACUAUACCAAUUUCAUUUCCUUUAAUUCCUGUCUUUCAUUCUUCCUCAGGUAGUUCUUUUUUGCAAG